AGCCAGACCAAAUCUUAAACCCGAUACCUCCUCGGUUCAGUUCGGUUCGGUUCGUUUAUAUUGGGUGAGCGGGGGGAAGAGAGAGAGAGAGAGAGAGAGAGAGAGAGAGGGAGAGAUCAAUGGCGGACUGGGCGACGGUGCAUAGACUUUGGGACAAGUGGGCAACCCACAAUGUUGGCUCAGAUGGUGAACCCCUGAAAGCUGCGUUGCUGCUUAAUCACGACCCAAGUGGACCUUCUCGCCUCUUGUCCACAAUCAGAGCAGAACAGGAAGGAUCAAACUUGAAGGCUAUUGAGCUGAAGCCAUUUCUCGACUUUAUCAAGAGAAACAGCCUCCAGAAAGAUUUCUUCUGUAUUGGACCAAACCAGUAUCUGGUGACAUCAAUUCAUGAUCACUGGUUUAGCGCUCGGUGUGUCAAUGCAUCAAAGCCUGCUGGAGAAGGUGUUAUCGUUAUGCAGACUGCAGCAUAUCUUUUGGUGGCAAUGUAUGACGGUUCAAUUGGUUCAGCAUCUCAGGCAAUGGCAGCUGUAGAUCAGUUUUCAUGGCAGUUGAGCCGUCGAAACCACUGAGUGCUUAAAAUAUCUUGUAUUCGCCAAUCGCCACUGUUAUGCAUAUAUGCCUAAAAUGUACAAUAUAUGGUUCAAAAUUUCUUGUAUCCCAAUGUUGAGAUGUUUACGCCAUUUUAUCUAACCUCCAGUGAAUCUCUUUUUCCCCCCUUCCUCUCAAUGCCUUCUCAAUAAUGCCUUCUUUGACAUCUCGAUAAGAACUUUUAUGCUUUGCA